AUGACUACAGACCGACCUUUGACCCUGCGCGAGGUAAAGAAGCUCAGCGAGGAGUCGCAUAUCACCAAAGGCUUCUCCCGGCAUACACUCUACUCAAAGUUCGGUGGGUACCACAUCCACAUUCCGAUCAUUGGAGGUUGCCUAACUGCGACCAGACAACCCGGCCAGGGAGGAGCAGCAGAUGCAGAGCCGCGUGAUCUACGAGCCGAAUUACUUGCAGCUGAAGCUGCGCACUUUGCAAAGACACAAGGCGCGCCCACCGACCCCGCCACAAAUCCUCCGAAACCAGCGAAACGAGAACUCGAGGAAUCAUUAAGUGACGAUGAAAACGAAGAUCCUGAUGCGAAACGAAGAAGAGUAUUGGAAGAAACUCGGGAGAUCGAUGCGGAUUCUGAAGACGACGAUGACUCAGGAAGCAGUGAAGAAGAAAGUGACGAAGAGGAUGAGACGGCCGAACUUAUGCGCGAGCUUGAAAAGAUCAAGCGGGAACGAGCAGAGCAGAAAGCGAGAGAAGAGGCUGAGCAAUCGAAAAAAGCGCAAGAUCGACGAGAAGAAGAUAUUGCACUUGGCAACCCGUUGCUCAAUCCCAAAGCAUUCAAUGUGAAGCGGAGGUGGGACGAUGAUGUGGUCUUCAAAAAUCAAGCCAGAGGGACCGAACAAAAGGGCAACAAGGAAUUUGUCAACUCAAAAUACGUUCGGUGA